AUGCCUUUCUUCGCAAACCCAAACGUCUCCAUCAUCACCGGAGCCCCGCCCUCCGUGCACCAAGUCGCAGGAAAUCUCUUCCUCGGCCGCGAGACGGAUGCGAGCAAUUGUAGCAUGGAUGAGAACGGCAUAUCAGAUGUAGAGGCGUGGAUAGGGCGCUCCGCACCGCCUCAAUAUUCUGCCGAACUUUCCCUAUUUGUGUUCGACGCGGGCACCAAGCUAUUGCAGAAGCGUGCGGGUCUCUUCUAUCUGACUCUGUCAGACUAUAUCCAAGACAAGCACGCACCGGGCACAAAAGAGGCAGCUAUGUGA